UCCAUCGAUCCAAGGGGAUGACAGGGCAUCCUUGAUGAGGUUAUGUGUUUUGCGUGUGUGGAUUUCAGUAGCUUAACACACGACGUGAGAGACAUAUGAGAGGGGAGGGGGGCAGCGGCAUAAAGUAUGCUAUUCAUCGCAGAAUGCAGUCACUUUCCUAUGGCGGACCGCAGAGAAGCCAACAUUUCGCGCCCACUUACUCUCCUUGAAGGACGAUUUUGUAUUAUUCCCGAUUUGGUAUGCAGCGACGCGUUAGAGACAGGGCACAGUUUCCCCGUGAAAAAGCCGGGAGAGGACAGCCUCUGUGCAAGAGUGAGACUCAGCUCCGGUCGACUAUUAGUUUCCUCACCGAUCUGCAGAUAAAACGCUAUUGCGAUUACAGCAAAUCACGGGUGCUCAGUCUGCGGAAAAGCGAAGUUAGGAUCGGAAGGAUCAACUUGACAUUUACUGGCAACCUUGAUACUUCUUUCGGUAAACGUCAAUUAAUUUAAGUGGGUAACUCCGAAUUCAGAUGGAUUAUUGUUCCAGAAUUACAUGUGCGCUCAUGUAGAUAAAACGCAACGGAUUGGAAUGAAUCCCUUUUUGUUUAGUCCACCCAACCGAAUAAGGGUGCAGGUGCUGGACUGAGAAACGCGGUAGGCUAUGUUGUCAAACGUCUUCUGUUCUCUUUGCAAUGUGUUCGGGAGUCAUGCUGAUGGAUCCAGUCAGAGUUGCUGUUAACAGGGUGCUGUGAAGUGGCUCUUAGCCGUAGCUUCAUCAGGUCUCGGCGGAAGGAUGCUGUGGGUAACCCUGCUAAGCACAAUAGCUUUAGGAUGGACUACGCCGAUCCCAAUGCUGGACGACUCAGAGGAGAUAGACGAGCCUUGCUUUGACCCCUGCUACUGUGAAGUGAAGGAGGGCAUUUUCCACGUUCACUGCGACAGCAAAGGAUUUACAAAUGUCAGUCAAAUAUCCCAAACAUGGACGAGGCCCUUCAAGCUCAACCUACAAAGAAACUCGAUGCGCAAGUUGUACUUCAACAGCUUCCUGCAUCUAAACAAUGCCAUAUCACUCAACCUGGGGAACAACGCGUUACAGGACAUUCAUGUUGGUGCGUUCAAUGGUCUGAGCAUUUUGAAAAAGCUUUUCCUGCACGAAAAUAAACUGGAGGUGUUCAGAAACGACACUUUCUUGGGCCUGGAAAGCCUAGAGUACCUCCAGGCUGAUUAUAACGUAAUUAAAAGAAUAGAGAGCGGGGCAUUUAGACACCUGCACAAACUCAAAGUACUGAUUUUGAAUGACAAUUUGAUACCCGUUCUACCCAAUCUGUUAUUCAGGUCUGCCUCUCUCACGCACCUUGAUCUACGUGGUAACCGGUUAAAGAUUCUGCCUUACAAAGGCACACUGGAGUUCAUUGGCCGCACUCUCAUGGAGAUUCAAUUAGAAGAGAAUCCGUGGAACUGCGUGUGUGAGAUUGUGCAGCUUAAAACGUGGCUUGAACGCAUUCCUUACACAGCUUUGGUUGGUGACAUUACGUGCGAGCACCCCUUUCACUUCCAUGGCAAGGACCUUCGUGAGAUUAAACGGAGCGAGCUGUGUCCUUUGCUCUCGGAGGCAGAAGUGGAGGCUAAGCUUGGCAUCCCCAAAAUACCGUUCAGCAACGAGAAUACGUGGCCCACAAAGCCCUCAUCAAUGCUGUCUUCAUUUCACAACACUGCUUCGUCGGUGGAGUACAAAGACAGACCUAAGCCAACCAAAAGGCCCAGACCCACUAAAACUCCACCGACGCCACGCAGUAUUUACCCCGGGCCGAACCAGCCACCCAUUGCUGGUUAUCAAACUAGACCGCCCAUUCCUAUCAUCUGCCCAGCGGGAUGUAUCUGCAAUUUACACAUCAAUGAUUUAGGGCUCACCGUAAAUUGUAAAGAGAAAGGCUUUCAUAACAUAUCUGAACUGUUGCCGCGUCCACUAAAUGCCAAGAAGUUAUACCUGAGUGGAAACUUAAUACAAAAAAUUUACAGAUCGGACUUCUGGAAUUUUUCCAGUUUGGAUUUACUACACUUGGGCAACAAUCGGAUAUCAUACGUUCAAGAGGGUGCAUUCAUUAACCUGCCUAACUUGAAAAGCCUAUAUUUAAAUGGCAACGACAUCGAGAGACUCACUCCAGGCAUGUUUCGUGGACUUCAGACUCUGAGUUACUUGUACUUUGAAUACAACGUUAUACGAGAGAUUCAGCCUGCCGCGUUCAGCCUGAUGCCGAAUCUGCAGCUGGUCUUUCUGAAUGACAACCUGCUGCGCACUCUGCCCAUUGAUGCUUUCGCUGGCACCUCGCUGGCCAGGCUCAACCUGCGCAACAACUACUUCCUCCACCUGCAAGUCAGCGGGGUCCUGGAGCACCUGCACUCUAUUGUCCAGAUUGACCUCCACCAGAACCCAUGGGACUGCUCGUGUGACAUCAUCCCGCUCAAACAGUGGAUGGAGAAGCUCAGCACCGUUAUUGUCGUCGGGGAGGUGAUCUGCAAGACGCCCGACUUCGCUUUCGGCAAGGAUCUGCGCUCCCUUGACGCCGAGGUCAUCUGCCCCGAUCUGAAGUUCACGGCUCCCUCCGCCGCUUCGCCCGACGACAUGACAUCCACCAGCACUUUCGGAUUAGGAUACGCCUCAGCGACUGGCGCUGUCCCUCUCUCGGUGCUGAUUCUGAGUCUGUUGAUUCUGUUUAUCUCCGCCGUGUUUGUGGCUGCUGGUCUGUUCGCCUUCGUCCUAAGAAGACGAAAGAAACUGCCCUUCAGAAAGCGACAGGAGGUGGACCUGACUGGCAUCCAGAUGCAGUGCAGGAUAUUCGAAGAGCGGCAGACCGCCUCGCCAGAGAAACCGCCCGGCCACGUCUACGACUACAUCCCCCACCCAGUCACACAGAUGUGCAACAACCCCAUAUACAAACCACGAGAGGGAGAAGGUGAAGAACAGUUCGCCGAAACCAAGGAAAACAACAGCAAUUAUCGAACUCUACUGGAGAAAGAGAAAGAAUGGACAAUGGCUGUGUCCAAUUCUCAACUCAACACCAUUGUCACCGUCAAUCAGGCGGGGGACAUAGCGAGCUUUCACGAAAACGGGGUUCUUUGCCCCACAGUCAUAGACAGCCAGAGACCUACCCCCACGGUGGGGUUUGUUGACUGCCUAUAUGGCACAGUUCCUAAAUUAAAGGACAUGCACGUUGCACAUGCACACCCCCCAGGAAUGCAAUAUCCCGAUUUACAGCAAGACGCCAGAUUAAAAGAAACAUUUCUUUUCACCGCGGGUAAAGGAUUUCCCGAGCAGACCCAAAGCGAAUACCUCGAGUUAAGGGCCAAACUCCAAACCAAGCCGGAUUACCUCGAAGUGUUGGAGAAAUCAUACCGGUUCUAACCAGAGAAUACUUUUUUCUUGAUAGCCCAAAAGAAUACGGAACAACAAAAAAACAGCAUGACGAAAAACAACAACAACAACAACAACAACAAAAACAUAUAUAUUACAAACAAAUGUUUUCCCCCAAGUCGUUUUGGAGGAAAGGCCAUACUCAGAUAUUCAAUGAAGUGCCUUUUUCAGAGUAGCCAGCAAUGUUAUCAACCCUUAUUUUUAUACAAAACAGAUUUUUGGUUGCGCAGUGGGAGGCAUUCGGAGCGUAUAAUUCUAAAUAUUAGACGAAGCCUUCACGCAGUGAGAGCCUUCACAUGGUUCGUGUAGGGAUCCGCGAGGAGCAGGAUGUCUCCAUGGCUCGUCUCUCACGCGCGGAUAUUUGCCCAAGGUCUGGCACAGUUUGUAGAAUAUUGCAGUUUGCUGCAUGCACUCGACUGCAGGGGUGGGUAUUGCUCCAAACUAUCACUCACAUAUAAUAGAGAUACUGCAACGCAUUAUUGUUCAGUGGUCUAUUUCAUUUUAUAAUAUUACAAAAACAGACAAAAAAGAGUGUCUCUCAAGGACUCACCCAAGGAUCAACAUUUGUGAAUAUAUAACGACACUGAAGAUUUUAUGGAAUUCAACGCACUUUCUUAAGAAAAAUGCUUCUGGAUAUUAUCACUAACGGCUUUGUAGGAAGCACUUUUAAUGUUUUCUCUCACAAAGAUUUGAAAAAAUGUGCAUAUAUUUAUUCUGUAAUUUCAGUGAAAAAUUUAACUUGUAAAGGUAAUGUUAAAUCAAUGUAUAGUGAUUAUGCGUCUGGUAUAGCCUUCUUAAUAAAACAAACUCUUAAAUCAAUAAAGAGGUGCUAAUGCAUACUGUUUGUGUACAACAGCUAGCAGAAGUAUUGAUACGUGAGUACUCUGUGCUAAUACCAGACUGUGGGAGUCGAAUCUGUACAUGCCCGGAAAUACUUUGAGGUUUGUUGAUGCGUAUCAUACGAUUUUUUUUUUUUGCUGCUUUAAACAAACAAAAUUAAACUAUUCAAGGUCCAAGACCGACAUUGUCGAUGCAUGAGGAGAAGUAGGAUGUCCAUUGACAUUGAACCCGGGUCCAUGCUUUGGAAAAUGGUAGAUAAAACUUUUGUUUUGAAAUGGUAGCAAUGGUUGUAUGGCACAUGGGCAGUAGUUUGACUCAACCUAGUACAAUUGGAAUGUGAUACAUUUUUUUUAUGGAAGAAUCAUUAUUGUUUUUGACCACAAGGGGGCAACAGCGAGACACUCAGAGGUGGUUAACACGUUUUUCUCAACCAGGUUAACCGUGACAGUUCACAAGACACUCCUUGCGAAACGUCUGUGACCACAUUCCGUUAAAUAUUAAGCAUGGUGGCAAUUUUCUGGGCAAGUAUAACUCAGAUAAGGUUAUCUGUUAAUGCCCGCUAUUGUCUGUUAGUUAUGUAACAAGAUGUAGGAUGCAAGGUAACCUUACUGCCUUUUUCUAAUGAUGGAGUGCUUUCAUUCCAUUGGGAUUGUUGCACAUGACUAGAGGGAAGAAUCUGAGAAAGACAAUGAAUCAAGGCCGUGGUUAUUUUAGUUGUCUCCUUAAAACUGAUACAUUGCACUUCUAAAUUUGAUGAGAGGUUCUGUAGUUACUUGCCUUUCCAGAAGAACAAACAUUCAACACUUCAUUUUUUUUAAUGUAAUAGUUUUAUGCUGUAUAUUUCAUCAUUUUACCCAAACGUGUGUCAUUUCAGCUCAACCCUGCCCAAUAGCCUUGAAAAUCAAAACUUUCAUGUCAUUCUCACAAUUCACAUUUAGCCAGUCAGACAAGAAUAGCGUGCUGGUAUCUCACAAAACAUACUUUUUCCCAUAUGACAAAUUGGUUCAUUUAAUUCCUAAAACAACACAAAUGUUCAUUGUACCACCACUCAUCAUUGGUGAUUUAAUCAGAGGUAUGGCACAUGGUUGUGAUCUGUGACUAAAAUGGAAAUUAUCCUUUUUUUCGCUCACAUACACUGACAAGUGUUUUGCUUAUGUUCUAAUAAAUUAUAUUUGUAUCUA